AUGUUAUCAAAUAAAACACCUUCCACAGUUCGUUCAAUUAUCAACGCUGUUCAACGUUAUAAAGUUCUUAAUACUCUAACACAUGAUUGUUUUGAAACAGCACUUGAAACUGAACAGCAACUAUUAUCGCAAAAGAAAAAUAAUUCGGCAUUGAAUGGACGACCAAUUUUAAUUAAAGAUAACUUUUGCUUGCGUGAUACAUUAACAACAUGUGCUUCAAAAAUGCUUGCAAAUUUUCGUGCACCUUAUACAAGUACUAUUGUACAACGGUUAAUCGAUCAUGGUUGUAUUAUUGUAGGAAAAACUAAUAUGGACGAAUUUGCUAUGGGUAUAGCAAGUUGGAGUUCAUUUGGACCUGUAGCAAAUCCAUGGAGUUUAACAAAAACAAUGGCAACCAAUGAAGAAGAUAAUAAAACAGUAUUGCAUAUAGCUGGCGGAAGCUCAGGUGGAAGUGCGGCUGCUGUAGCAGCAAAUUUUGUGUCUAUAGCGCUCGGAUCAGAUACAGGUGGAUCAAUACGUAAUCCAGCUGCACGAUGUGGUUGUUAUGGAUUUAAACCAUCAUAUGGUUUACUUUCACGAUAUGGUAUGAUUACAUUAGUUAAUUCUUUUGAUUCACCUGGUUUUUUUGCUCGAAAUAUUGAUGAUUUAAUAUAUGCAACAAAUGCUGUUGCUGGUCCUGAUAAUGAAGAUGCAACUCUAAUACCAAAACCAUUUAAACCUUUAAAAACAUCAACAGAAUUAUCAAAAGAAAAAAGAAAAAUUAUUAUUGGUUUGCCUGAUGAUUAUGACAUUGGUACUUUAUCAACUGAAUAUCGUUCAUGUUGGCAUGAUCUUGUUCAUCAGUUGACUGAAACAGGUGAAUUUGAGUUUCGACGAGUACAACUACCACAUACAUCAUAUUCUAAUGCCGCUUAUACAAUUUUAAGUGCAUGUGAAAUUGCUUCAAAUAUGGCACGAUAUGAUGGAAUUAAAUAUGGUCAUCAUACGAAGAAUAUUGAUAAAAAUAAGGAUACAUAUGAAGAUAUCGUAACAAAAACACGUGAUGAAAGUUUAGGUGAACGUGUUCGUGGUCGUAUUCUAGCUGGAAAUUAUUAUUUAUUACAAGAGAAUUAUGAAAAAUAUUUUGUUCAAAGUCAACGAGUACGACGUGGUGUAGUCAACGAUCAUAAAAAAGUAUUUGAAGAAGAUAAAAUCGAUUGUUUAUUAGCACCAGUUGUAUGUGAUGAUCCAAUAACACUUGCUGAAUAUCAAAAAUCAGAUCAUAUAUUUAGUGAAGAUGAUUUAUUUACUGUUGGUGCUAAUUUAGCUGGUCUACCAGCACUUAGUUUUCCAGUUCGAUUAUCAAGCAAAGGAUUUCCUAUUGGUUUACAAUUAGUUGGUCCAUUCAUGCAAGAUCAAGCACUUCUUUCGAUUGCUCAACGUAUUUGUUCAACAUAUGAAUUUCCUUUUCUUGAUCUUAGUAUACAAAACUAA